GCUACUGCCCAUGCUGGGUAUUUGUACCACCCUGCAUAUUAUUACGGAGCUGGCGCCAGUACACAGUUUAAAAACCAAGACGCUAUCGGCAAUUAUAACUUUGGCUACAAUGAGGGUCAUGCUACCGGAGGAACCUUCCGCAGAGAGUUUGGUGACGCUUUCGGUAACGUCAAGGUCGGCUCCUAUGGAUUGACUGAUGCUGAUGGUCGCAGGCGCAUCGUAACUUAUAAAGCUGAUGCUAGUGGCUUCAAUGCUAACGUUCAUACCAACGAACCAGGUACAGACAGCUCUAAGGAUCCCGCCAACACUCUGGUCAACAAAGCUGUUCUUCCUACUACUUAUUACGGCGGUUAUUACCCAGGACACUAUUACGGACACUACGCUCCCUAUCACUACGGCUAUUACUAAUUUAAGUAAUCAAGAUCUGGAAUGUUUAGACUGAUUACCAUGCUACGUUUGGUAACUCAAAUGAUGCUGGUAUAUACAUUGUUUUUUAUCUUCCUUAUAAAACUUUAAUUUCAUCUCUACUGCACCUAACAUGACGUGAAAAUCUGUGUAGACGAGAUUGGAAAAUAAAGACUC